GUUACCGUGGUAUGAAGAGAUAUUUUGGCAAUUCAUUUGACUGACGCUAGCAACAACACUCUUCUCCAGAAUCACCAUCUAAAUGCAAGAAAAGCAUCGAAAAUGUUCUUGGAACUUGCCAUCUCCUGACGGUAAUUGACUGACAUCGAAUCUACGCCCGUACUUUGCCUCUGACACCUGUUGAAAUUAAGAUGCAGGUUUACCAAGCGAAGAAUUACUGAAAUGGGAAACACGGUGGAUUGCUUCAGCUGUUUUGAUAUCCCAGGUCUGGUAAUAACCGUCAAAACUGGAGACACGAAAGGUGGUGGAUUGCACAAUACAGCUUAUUUGACGAUCAUUGACGAAAAAGGAAAUAGAUCUCAAGAAUUAUGCCUGACAGGGUGUUGUGUUACGGUGUUCAAGAAAGGCCACACGGAUACUUUUAAGAUCUGCGAGCCAGUGAAAAUCGGACGCUUUUGCAAAAUCGAAUUCGUCCGACGGGAUGCAACGGGUCGUAGAAAUUAUGUAGAAUGGUUCAUUGAAACGAUUGAAAUUCGACGCUAUACCGCAGGAGACUACGAAGAUUUUAUAUUUCCGUGCCAUCGAUGGAUAAAGAACAAACAACCCUUAAUUUUAAGGAUGUUUGAUAGCACCUUACCUCAGUUUGAUGUUGAGACUGAGCAAAGGGAAACGGAAUUAUUUUGGAAAAGAACUAUGUAUCGAUAUUACAGAAGACGACCUGGAAUUCCGCCUCAGAUAAGCUUCUGCCCGAAAGAAGAGGUUUUUAGCUGCAAUCAUCAGUGGGAUAUCAUUGUGAGGCGAUCUAGUUUAGUCAACGCUUUCAAUCUGCCAGACUACGGCUAUGAACCUUGGAACUCGCUUCAUGACUUUGACGAAAUUUUUGACAGAAAAUUUGGCAAACCAGCGGGACGUAACUAUUGGAGAGAUGAUGUGCAUUUCGCUCGACAGAGAUUGUGUGGCUGUAAUCCAACGCUCAUUCGUCUUUGCACCAAAGUACCUGACAAGCUUGCUGUUACGUCAGCGAUGCUAGAGCCAUUUCUUGAGGGACAAACGUUGGAAAUGGCGUUGGAAGCAAACAGGAUCUUUAUUGUCGAUUUAGAAAUCUUGGCCCGGUUAGAAUUAGAUGAGUCAAGAAAGGUUGUGUCUCCAAUGGCACUGUUCUUCCUGAGUCCAUCGAAGUGUUAUCUUGUUCCUAUCGCCAUCCAGCUCUAUCAGGAGAGAGGAGAGGAUAAUCCGGUUUUCCUUCCCAGCGACCCUUGGUACACCUGGGUGCUAGCAAAGAUGUGGUUCAACAACGCUGAUGCGCAGUAUCACAGAGCAUGCGUACUGCUAGGAUACACCCAUCUUCUUUUGGAAGCAGUUUCCAUAGCAACACAUCGUCAGCUUUCUCCUUCACAUCCGAUCUAUAGAUUACUAGCACCGUACUUACGUCACGUGAUUCCCGUGAACUGUUUUGAAGUAAACGAAUUGCUCGCGCCAGGUUCUUGGAUUGACAGCGCGACAACUCUCGGAGCGAAGGGCACCCAGGAUCUUAUAGCCUUAGGUUGGCAAGAUUGGAGAAUGGAUGUGCAUGGCACUCUACCGGCGGACCUUGAGCAAAGAGGAGUGGCUGAUCCUUCAGUACUGCCAGAUUAUCCUUACCGAGAUGAUGGCCUCAUGUUGUAUAAUGCCAUCAACAAGUACGUCACUUCAAUUGUGGAGGCGAGAUAUGAUGAAGAAGAAACACUAACAGACGAUUAUGAGCUUCAGGCUUGGGGACUGGAGCUAGUGGCAGAUGGAAAUCCCGGGUGCGGUAUAAAGGGCGUGCCGGGUGAAGGCAGGUUCGAAACAACAGAACAGCUCUGCCAAACAUUAACAUCCAUAAUGUUCACCAGCACAGUUGGACAUGCCGCGGUUAACGUUUCUCAGUAUGACGAGUAUGCGUUUCUUCCAAAUUAUCCGGCCAUCUUGAAAGGACAACCGCCAAGAGAUAAGAAAUGGAGGGAAGAAAGAGACAUCUUGGCGUGUUUACCGGCAAAAAACAUCAGUUUGGAUAUCAUAGUCAUAAACAAGCUCCUUUCAGAGAGGCACACCAACGGUUUAGCUGAUUUUCACGCCAUGUACCAACAUGACCCAGUUGCCAAGAAAGCGAUUUCCAGGUUUCUAGACGAUUUGAAGUGUAUUGCAUUAACCAUAUUGGACAGAAACAAAAAAAGACAAGUGGUCUAUGAGUACCUCAACCCUACGAGAAGUUCGAACUGAACUUUGAAAUGCAAAACAGAUGGUUUUGCUUGCGACAUAGCUCAACUUAUUCACGGUUGCAGCAGGAAAGGCUUCGCAUCUGAUGUCAGUUUGCGAUAAAACACAUGUUGGCAAUUCAAUAUGACAGCUUAUUGUGGAUGUGAAAAAAUAAUUUUACUUUUUGAAAAAAUUAGAUUUCAGUAGGGCUCAACAGAGCUAAUAUUUAAUUAGUAUUAAUUUGUAAAAAAUGCUAGGCGUAAGGAUA